UGCCAUCCAAUAGAUCAAAUAGGGAGUAGUAUGUAAAAACCAUACUGAUGUACGUAGGAGACAAACAUACAACACUUGAAAGCCUCAAAUUUUGACCCACACACACACACACACACACACACACUUCCUCUCCUCAAUAUCUGUAUUUAUAUCACUACCCUAAAUCCCACCUUCACCACAAUCUCUCCUCUCAACUACAGCUAGCAAUGGCGGAUGCAGCCACGGGUAUGGGCCGGGGAAUCUGCUCCAUCCCUGAGAAAUUCCAGCUCCACAUAGCCAUGCUGGCCUUACAGUUCGGCUAUGCAGGCUUCCACGUCGUCUCCCGUCUCGCCCUCAACAUGGGCAUCAGCAAGAUCGUCUUCCCCGUUUAUCGAAACAUCCUCGCCUUCAUCCUCCUCCUCCCCUUCGCCUACUUUCUCGAAAAGAAGGAGAGGCCGCCGAUUACAUGGAGCUUCCUCCUCGAGUUCUUCCUCCUCGCAAUAGUCGGGAUAACGGCAAACCAAGGCUUCUACCUCGUCGGACUCGACAACACUUCCCCGACCUUUGCCUCCGCCAUCCAGAACUCCGUCCCGGCCAUCACGUUCCUCAUGGCCGCCCUUCUCCGGAUAGAGAAGGUGCGGUUGGACCGCAAGGACGGUGUCUCCAAGGUGGCGGGCCUCCUCAUCUGCGUCGCGGGGGCAUCUGUCAUCACGCUCUUCAAGGGGCCCGCCAUCUACACCCCGACGCCGCCCUCCAUGGCAGUGUCGACGCCGGUGGUUUUGGGAGAUGCGGCCGGGAAGAGCUGGACGAUGGGGUGCCUGUACCUGAUAGGGCACUGCCUGUCGUGGGCCGGGUGGCUCGUGCUGCAGGCGCCCGUGCUCAAGAGGUAUCCCGCCCGCCUCUCCUUCACCUCCUACCAGUGCUUCUUCGGGAUCCUCCAGUUCCUCGUCAUCGCCGCCUUCUUCGAGAGGAAUGGCGAGGCCUGGCUCAUCCGCACCGGCUCCGAGGUCUUUAGCGUCUUCUACGCUGGAGUGGUGGCAUCUGGGAUUGCCUUCGCUGUACAGAUAUGGUGCAUAGAUAAAGGUGGCCCCGUCUUCGUCGCAGUCUACCAGCCCGUCCAGACACUCGUCGUCGCUAUCACCUCUUCCCUUCUCUUGGGAGAGGAGUUCUACUUGGGCGGGAUAAUUGGUGCAGUGCUGAUCAUAUUCGGAUUGUAUUUGGUGCUUUGGGGGAAGAGUGAAGAGAAGAAGUUUGCAGAGAUCCAGUGCCGCGCGGAGCACAACACCAGCAGAGCGACCCCGCAGAUCAGGCCAUCCAUCACCCAGCCACUCCUGGCGCAGUCAACGGAGAAUGUUUGACUAUGGAUAAAAUAUGAAAAUCAAGUUCGGCUAUAUUUAAUUUAAUAUGAAAAUGGUUUGAUUUUCAUCUUCCUGUAAGUUGAGAAGAAGAAAAAAAAGUUGGGAAGAAAAUAGGAAGAGGGUUUUGUGAAAAGGGAUGUAUUAAGAUUUAAGAUGGAUGUCCCUUGUGUUUUUAUAUAAUUAAUUAUUAGUACCAA